CCCUGCAGCACCAAUACCGCGAGUGCCAAGAACUGCUCAGCCUCUACCAGAAAUAUCUCUCCGAGCAGCAGGAAAAACUGACCCAUUCCCUUUCCGAGUUGGAGGCAGCUAAGCAGAAGGAACAUCAGAUGUCUAGUCAGAGAAGUCAUUGUCAGCUGGUGCCGCCUUCAGACCUGGAUGGAUCCUACCUUGGUGUCGCUAGACGACAAGCUUUGCGUAAGGACCACAACUCAACUCGUAGGAGCCCUAGUCUUCAGCCUUCACCUCAACCUGGUAGGAAUAGGGGUGUCCUUGAGGCCAGGACCCCCGGAUGUCAGACGGAGGCCAGGAACGGUGGCCUUUUGCAAAACGGAUUGCCCCACAAAUGCAACCCCAUGUCCUCUCCAGCCACACAGCCAUUGGGUCCCCAUCUCCAGAGGAUUCCCGACGGGGAGAAGCGGAGGAGCGGCUGCCCUCUUCCGGGGUGUCCCAUCCAUCAAAAAUCAGGAAACCCGGCUUACGAGCCUUUCCAAGACACUUGCCGUGUCCGAGACCGAUACCCAGGGGCCCCGUGCGAAUCCUCCUCGGAAUAUUUCGGCUCGCCGCACCUCCGGAGGCCGAAGGCCGGCGACGCCUCGAGGCCAAAAGAAGCCGACCCCCGCGGCCAGGACUUCUCCGAGGAGAAACGGAAAGAGCUCCUGCUCCAGAAGAUUGAGCUGGAAAUCGAGAAGGAGCGCCUGCAGAAUUUGUUAGCGGAGCAAGAGGCCAAACUUCUUCAGCAGCAGGAGCAGCUGCAGCAAUCCAGGCGGGAGUAUCACUGGUUUAAAAGCCACGCUGGCCAUUCGGAAGACGGGCUGAUGGGGGAAGCCCUCGUGGGACCAGGCUCCUCGGCUCCGGCCGUGAACGGGAUUUGUGACGGGAUCAGGUAAGGUCACCUGUUGCUGCCUCAGGUGUGCCAGGAUAUUCUGUGAUGUGCAAGGAGCUUUACGUGGUAUGAUCCACCACACUUUUCUUCAUAACUUCUUCUCUCCUCUCCUCUUCUUUCAUCUC